AUGUCAAGCAAUAACUUGACGCCCUUCAGUAAUCCGAGCGGACCCCCGGUCACACACAUCAACUGCGUGUAUGCGAUCUCCGGUACCUACGGUCUUCUACCGCGGAUUCUCUACUAUGUGACCCUUGUCUUUGCCAUCUUCGGCCGUCGGUCAGAAUGGCUCGUCAUUGGCGCCCUGGUCAGCGCACUCACCUAUGCAGGAACGGCAUCAAUCCACAUCAUGGCUCUCGUGACAUCCAAAGUAGACGUCUUUGAUCUCGACAUUAUGGCUGCUUGGGCGGUUCUCUCCACCGGCGCCCUGGCCUAUAUCGGGAUCAUCCAUUGGAGUUCGACCUUGAGAGACUCGCGAGCGAGGGUUGUGAUGAUCUGCUGGGGUGUUUUGGUCGGGAUCGGCCUGGUGUUUGGACGGGCCGAGUUGUUCGACACGAAUUUGACGCCACCCGAACCGGCCUGCUACUCCUCGACGGGGAUGUUGUUGGAGUCCCGGAUGCAGCUGAUCGACCCGGGCUUCAACUGCACGUACAAGUGCUUUGACGUGACGAAGCCGAUGAGGGAAAUGUCGGAGAUUCUGGCCGUUCCCCAACGCGUGUUGGACGAUUCACGAUACAAGACGCUCACCUAUGUUUUGGUGGGACCGAUUCAGUUCGCCGCCUACGCAGCGAUGAGCAUCGACGCUCAGGGACACACGCCGUCGCAGGCCUGUGUGAAAAUCGUCAUGAGUUACAUGAUCCAUCCGGGCCAUCGGGAGCAGUUCGCAAAGACGGUCUACAAGGCGAGCAUGGAGAAGUGGUACGGCGGGUAUUUCGCCUUGUUAGGAUACGUGCGGCGGUCGCGGUGGACGUACAAAAAGUGGUUGAUCUGCUGCUUCCUCCUGCCCUGGUUGUUGAUGGGAUUGAUCAUUGAUAUCCUGUGCUUACCGUUGAUGGUGAUCAAUAUUGUCUUCAACGAGGUCACGCUGCUGGAGGGCGGGUACCCGACCAACGAGGCGAACAUUGCCAUCGGGCAGUGGGGUCCCAUUGUGAAUUCAAUGUUGGUGCUCAUCGCGGCCUUGAUCAACAAGGGCAUGGAAGUCUGGGAGAGGAGGAAGAAGGCCAAGAAGCUCGACAGUGUGAUCGAGGAGAUUGUGUUGGCAGAUACGGAUGUCGAGUCGGGUGUCUUGAAGAACGAGCAGGACAACGGGCAGGAGGUUGGCGUGGUCAAACCCCAAUUGGCGCACAUUCAGACUCUACAAGAUAUGGAGGAUCUGAUGAAACGAUCGAAGUCCUGUAUUUGA